AUGGCGGUACGUGGAGUUGAGCGUGGUAGAGAACGUGGCGGUUUCCGGCGUGGAUUCGGGGGUCGCGGUGGUGGAAGAGGUGGUCCGAGAGGCCGUGGAGGUCGUCCCACGGAGGAAGAGAGGUGGAUACCAGUGACCAAGCUUGGUCGUCUCGUACAGUGUGGUAAAAUCUAUUGGAUUGAAUAUAUCUUCCUCCAUUCUCUCCCAGUAAAGGAGUACCAGAUCGUGGAUAUACUCUUCGGUCCUACGUUGAAAUAUGAAGUGAUGAAGAUUAUGACGGUUCAGAAACAAACCAGAGCCGGCCAGAGGACGAGAGGCGCGAAAAUUCUCGCGAAACUGUCUGUGAUUCCGGUUAGAAGGGGUUACUGGGGUAACAAGAUUGGGAAGCCACACACAGUUGCGUGCAAAGUGACCGGAAAAUGUGGAUCCGUUACCGUGCGGAUGGUUCCUGCACCAAGAGGUUCGGGUAUUGUGGCUGCUAGGGUUCCUAAGAAGGUUCUUCAAUUCGCCGGGAUUGAGGAUGUCUUCACUUCUUCAAGAGGAUCCACCAAAACCAUUGGAAACUUCGUCAAGGCAACUUUUGACUGUCUUCAGAAGACUUAUGGGUUCCUUACACCAGAAUUAUGGAGAGAGACAACAAUGAUAAAAUCACCAUUUCAAGAGUACACUGAACUCUUGGCCUCCUACCCACUCACAUAG